CUAGCUGUUGAUCUCCAUCCUCAACGUCUUAAAAUACCCGCCCAAACUAACCUAUAUAUGGUACUUGCUCUGAGAGAGAGAGAGAGAGAGAGAGCUAGGGGACGUUCGAGUCGAGAUGGAGUGGUGGUACUGGUGUUGGCUGUUUGCGUUGGUGAUAAUGGUAGAAGGUGGCGGCCACUCUGAUGAUGGAGGAGGAGGAGAAGUCACAUACGAUGGAAGAUCUCUCAUUAUUGAUGGGCAGAGAAAACUUCUAUUUUCUGGUUCGAUUCACUAUCCUCGUAGCACUCCUGAGAUGUGGCCAUCUUUGAUAGCCAAAGGCAAGGAAGGAGGACUGGACGUGAUUCAAACCUAUGUGUUUUGGAACCUUCAUGAGCCCCAACCUGGUCAGUACGAGUUCAGUGGAAGAAAUGAUGUGGUGCGAUUCAUGAAGGAAAUCCAUGCACAAGGGCUAUAUGCUUGCCUUAGGAUCGGUCCUUUCAUUGAGAGUGAAUGGACUUAUGGGGGAUUUCCAUUUUGGUUGCAUGACAUCCCUGGCAUUAUUUUUCGAUCCGACAAUGAGCCGUUUAAGUUUUACAUGCAAAACUUCACCACAAAAAUAGUGGACUUGAUGAAGUCAGAAGGUUUAUAUGCUUCCCAAGGAGGUCCGAUAAUACUUUCACAGAUUGAGAAUGAAUAUGGAAACAUUGAAGCAGCAUUCAAGGAAAAGGGACCCUCCUAUGUUCGUUGGGCAGCUAAAAUGGCUGUUGAGCUCCAAACUGGAGUGCCAUGGGUUAUGUGCAAGCAAAUUGAUGCUCCUGAUCCUGUUAUUAAUACAUGCAACGGGAUGAGAUGUGGAGAGACUUUUGGUGGACCCAACUCACCAAAUAAGCCGUCAUUAUGGACAGAGAAUUGGACAUCUUUCUAUCAAGUAUAUGGUGAGAAGCCAUACAUAAGGUCUGCUGAAGAUAUUGCAUUUCAUGUUGCACUUUUUAUUGCAAAAAACGGAAGCUAUAUAAAUUACUACAUGUACCAUGGUGGAACAAACUUUGGGAGAACAGGUUCUUCAUAUGUCAUAACAAGUUAUUAUGAUCAAGCUCCUCUUGAUGAAUAUGGUCUACUAAGGCAACCCAAGUGGGGACAUCAUAAAGAGUUGCAUGCUGCUAUUAAACUCUGCUCUACAACCUUGCUUCAAGGAGUGGGAACCAAUUUCUCUUUAGGUCAAUAUCAAGAGGCCUAUGUCUUCCGAGAAGAGACCGGAGGAUGUGUGGCAUUUCUCACAAAUCAUGAUGGGCAUAAUGUUACUGUGCAAUUCCAAAAUGCAUCAUUUGAAUUGCUUCCAAAGUCCAUCAGCAUUCUACCAGACUGCAAAAAUGUAAUUUUCAACACAGCAAAGGUGAAUACUGAGAAUAACAACAGAGUCAUACAGCCUACCCAAUUGUUCGAUUCAACUGAUAAUUGGGAAGAAUUCAAAGAUGUCAUCCCAAAUAUCGAAGAUACUACUUCACUAAAAUCGAAUACAUUUCUAGAGCACAUGAAUACCACCAAGGAUAAAUCCGAUUAUCUUUGGUACACUCUUAGGUUUGAACACAACUUGUCUUGCACUAAGCCAGUGCUUCAUGUUGAAUCUUUUGGGCAUGUUGCUCAUGCUUUCUUGAACAACAUAUAUAUAGGAGCUGCACAUGGAAGUCAUAAUGUGAAAGGAUUCAUGAUGGAUAUUCCAAUUAUGUUAAAUGAUGGGAUAAACAAUAUUUCCAUAGUCAGUGUUAUGGUCGGGCUACCGGAUUCAGGAGCAUUUCUAGAAAGUAAAUUUGCUGGAUUAACAAAAGUGGAAAUUCAAUGCAUGGAGGAAGAUCAAUUCUAUAACCUUACAAACUAUGCAUGGGGAUAUCAGGUUGGACUGCUCGGAGAGAAGUUACAUAUAUUUAGAGAAGAGAGUUUGGAUGAGGUUGUGUGGAGUCGAAACGAAACCCCAAUCAAUCACACAUUUACUUGGUAUAAGAUAUUCUUCGACGCACCGAUGGGAGAUGAGCCUGUGGCCUUAAAUCUCAGCACAAUGGGGAAAGGUGAAGCUUGGGUUAAUGGGGAAAGCAUUGGUCGUUAUUGGGUCUCUUUCCUUGACCCUCAGAGCAACAAUCCAUCACAAACAAUGUAUCAUGUUCCUCGAUCGUUCCUCAAAACUUCUGAAAACCUUUUAAUUUUACUCGAAGAAGGUGGUGGAAAUCCUCUUCAAAUUUCUUUGAACACCAUUUCCAUCAUCAAUGAAAGUGAACAUGAUAAAGCUUUCUAUCACUUACCACGAUAAUUUCAUAUCCAAAAGAUAAGAGUGACAAGUACAAUGCAGUCAUCGGCUCAAGAACAAUACUUUCUCCUCAUUGUAAUGUAAUGCUCUUAUAUAUGAAGAUUGGUAAAAAAGUAAUAAAUUUAUUUAA